GCUGGUAGCACGCUUCUUAUUGGAAAACUGAGUGUGCGUUCUGAUAUAAGAAUGCGAGCAGUAUGGAAUUAAACGGAGUGAUAGAAUCGUUUUAACACAAUAGAAACGCAAAUACCGGAUACGUAUCGAUGUAUUUAUUUAAAUAUGGAGGAAACAUAUUUGGAUUACUAGUUGGAAUUAGUUGGAUACAAAUAUCUAGGAAGAAUGUCUUUUGCCGAUGACAAUAUGUUCCAAUCCGAAGUCAUGGCAAACAACGUAACAGAAGGGUAUACAUGUGACGUUACUCAGAACCCAGUGGAAACGUUUGGCGGAUGGUUUACGUCAAUUCACGGGUACUCGAGCCUCAUCGUAUGUCUGUUUGGCAUUCCUACGAACAUUAUAAACAUCACCGUUCUUUCUCGAAAAGACAUGCGAAAUCCUACGAACGCACUUUUGUGCUGGCUGGCAGUUGCGGAUUUGUUGACAAUGAUGCCGUAUGUGCCGUUUGUGAUUCAUUUUUACUGUGUCUUUGAUCCAUCCGACUCCUCGCCCGAGAAGUUGACAUUUUCUUGGGUGAUGUAUAUGUUGUUUCUUAUAAAUUUUGUAGCCACCACACAUACUAUAUCUAAUUGGCUCGGCGUCUCCUUAGCUGUCUUUCGAUAUGUGCAACUGCGGUCAACCGAGAAAGGGACCGUGGCAAAGCGUCGGUUGUAUAGUACAAUUCAAAAGGUUAUUGCAGUAGUGUAUCUUGGAUCUUCGUUAAUUCUUAUUCCUAAUUACAUGACGAAUAAGAUCGUCGAACAAAAAGAUGAAAACAAUAACACUUUAUACAUAAUGGAAGAUAUUAAACUUGGCACGAAUGCCACUCGUCCGAUAGUGAUUGUGAAUGUUCUAACAUAUUCAAUAGUCACAAAACUUAUUCCGUGCAUACUUAUGACUGUGUUUAGUGGAAGUUUGUUAAUAAGCUUAAAUGUGCGUGGUAGGGAACGGAGACGACGGUUGUCAGUGACGUCUACGAAUUUCAGGAGAGAAACUCGGCAGGCCAAAACGACACGAAUGUUAUUGGUUGUGAUUAUACUGUUUCUUCUCACAGAGUUUCCACACGGAAUGCUGAUACUUAUCAGCGCCACUGUGCCUGACUUCUACUACAGAGUAUACUUACCCCUCGGGGACCUUAUGGAUACUAUUACCCUCAUCAACAACGCCAUUAAUUUCUUACUUUACUGCAUCAUGAGUACACAAUUCCGCACCAAAUUUCUUCAAAUGUAUUUUAACAAGAAAACGUCGUUUAAAGACAUGGAAAGAACACAGCUAACUACGUCCCUUAAUAGGACGAUAAUGACAUCUGCAUAAGAGUUAACGGUUAUGUAUAAUAUACACAAUGUUGACGAUAAACUAUAAUGACGUUUAGAGGUUUAGUAUUACUAAGUAACGCACCAAGAGAUAUGUUUGUAUGUAAAUACACAUUUACUUCGUUAGAAUUCUGACAAAGUAUCAUUAAAUGACUUCAACGUGAUAUAUUAUCAUGAUUAAUCUGAUUAUUAUGUUGUGAUCGCCUCAAGAUGGUGAAUGUGAU